AUGGAGCAGCCACGGUCCGAUCAGGUCUCGGCCGGGGAGGUGCGCGGGCAUUUGAGAAAACCUGCCCCGAAAGUAACACGUCGCCAACGGCGAUUGCGGGUAACGCUGAGCUGCGAGCCUUGCAGGGCAUCUAAGCUGCGCUGCAACCGCCAACACCCUUGCGACAACUGCCAACGACGAAGUUGCAUGUCAUCAUGUAUAUACCGUGGGUGCCGAGGCAACGCGCCUGCUCCAGGUUUUACCGACUCACAAACGAGUCCAUUCUCAGUGGCGUCGACCAGCCACCUCAAUGGAAGCACCGAGGGGCUAUUAAGACCGCCCCUUGUCGCGGAAAGUGAAGAGUCUACAGUCGUCCGUUGGAACAACAUGCUUGAACGGCCCGCCCCUAGCCGCUACGACUUCACGUUUGGCCAGAACGGCUCACCCUUUCCUCUCACCUUCGGGCCAGCCGUCUCGGCCGAGAUACUCGUGGGGGCUCUCCCACCGACCGACUGCUGCGACUAUCUCGUAUCCAAGUACUUCAUACACCUUGCUCCUCUAUUUCCCAUUAUCCACGGACCCACCUUUCAGCGACAGUACUCAGACUUUCUACGAGCUCCUACAAAGGCUUCUCUUUCCUGGCUGGCUUUGCUUUUUGUCGUUUGUUCCUUGGCUCUCAACACGACGGAGCCAGAUGAUUCCGCUCUGGCAGCCCUGAGGUCGAACCAAGAAGACUGCCGAGCCCUUGACAUGGUGGGCAUGUCCCGCGAACUCAGGGGCUUUGCACUCACCUGUCUUUCCCAAGACCAAUUCUUGGUUCAUCAUGAUCUGAAUACCCUCGAGGCCCUGCUGGUUUUGAUCUAUGCCAUCUGCCACAACGAGGGCGUGGAGCGUGGCUGGACCUUGUUGGGGAUGGCACUGAACAUUGGCAUUGCCAUGCGAUGCAAUGCAGACUCAAAGAGCCUGGGCGGCAUCGAGACGGAGAGGCGUCGGCGCUGCUGGGCUGGGAUUUUGAUGCUCCACACAUACCAAGGCAUCGUGUUUCGGGACAUUGAUAUGUCCUUCCUUCUCAACAUCAAGGCAACCAUGCCAACGGAAGCCGAUGAUUUGGACACACGGGGCGACAUAAUCCUACCGGUGUCAAGCCAAUCCAGUGAAAUGUCGCUCAUGAAGUUCAAAAUCCGUCUUUUCCAACUUACAACUCGAAUAUGUAGCAAACUAUCAGAAACUAAGCAACUUGAUGAGAGUACUUUGGGUCAGUUCGAUGGUGCAAUCACCGGGGAACAGCAAGAGUGGGACAAGGUUUACCUGGUUGACGGAGCCCCAAGUGUCCUUGAUACUGCCAGCUACGCACAUUGGUGCAUCUUGCAAACCUAUGCUUAUCAGUUGUUUCUUUUGAUACAUCGGCCGUUUUAUAGGUCUCGGUCCCCUCACUUUCGGCCCACGUCGAGGGAUAUAUAUCUCAAGUCCAGCUCAGGCCUGCUAGACAUUCACAGGCAGUUCUGCCAGCUUCCUCGAUUACGCUCCUACAGGUGGCUGGUCUACGGAAUGACGAGCUUCAACGCCCUCCAGGGAGCCGUGGCUUUGGCAUCUUGUCUCUUCGAUCUGCCAGAUGGCCUCGACGCAACCGCUUACCGCCAAAGUCUUGAAGCUGCCGUCUCGCGCAUGGAAACGCUACAAAACUGUAGCCCCGUGUGUACAAGGGCAUACCCAAUACUUCGCCAUCUGCACACGUACUUGACUGAGCAUUUUGAGAAACGUAGCCUUGGAGAUCCCAUUGAUGCCCUAACUGAGGACUGGCCUGAUAUGGACUGGUUGAACCCUGAGUCUGAAAACUGGACGUUGUGGGAGGGAAUUUUGGAUUCGACUGCCGGUCAAGCACCCACAUGA